AUGCAGCUGUAUCGCCUCGGUCUGCUGGUUGCUUCCUUUGUGUCCUCCAUUGGAGCACAGUCGACCUUCUCCCCUGCCCGUCCCCCGGCUAUACCCCUCGCUGUUAGGUCACCGUAUCUGAGCACUUGGCUCAAUGUAGGAAGUGAUGGUGGUAAUGGCGGGUACUUGGCUGGUCAAUGGCCUGUCUUUUGGCAAAACCAGAUCACUGGGUGGACAGGUAUGAUCCGCGUCGACGGCAAUACCUAUACUUGGAUGGGCCUGCCCGGAUCCAAAACCGUCAAUCAGACCGCGUUUGAGUAUACUUCGACUAAGAGUAUCUUCACUAUGAACGUGGAGAAUAAGCUUGAAAUGAACAUUACAUUCUUGUCGCCUGUUACACCCACCGAUCUCAAGCGCCAGUCCCUCGUUUUUUCUUAUCUUAAUGUUGAGGUCUCUUCUCUUGAUGGCCAAAAGCAUGAUGUGCAGGUCUACGCGGAUAUCUCCGCAGAAUGGGCAUCGGGCGACCGAAAUGCCGUUGUAGAGUGGGAGUAUGGUACCACUGACGGUGUGGCCUACCACAAAGUACACCGACAGACUCAGCUGGCAUUUUCCGAAAAGAACGAGCAGGCCGAAUGGGGUAACUGGUACUGGGCCACCGACGACUCGAAAGGCAUGACCCACCAGGCUGGUGCGGAUACCAACGUCCGUGGUCAGUUCGCGAGCAUUGGAAAACUCACCAAUGGCGCUGACACCAACUUCCGGGCUAUCUCCUCCACCUGGCCCGUCUUUGGGUUCUCAUCCGAUCUGGGCUCGGUCGACUCUUCGCCCGUCAGCACACUCUUCUCGCUCGGUCUGACACAGGAUGAAGCCAUUCAAUACGAAGGCGCUUCGAAGUAUGCUCCAGUACCGUCCUUGUGGAAGAGUUAUUUCGGUAGCGAAUUGGCCGCCCUUUCAUUCUUCCACAAGGAUCAUGCCGAAUCGAGCAAUCUCGCGACCUCUUUCGAUAGCAGGGUGGCCCAGGAUUCAAUUGCCACAGCUGGACAGGACUACCUCACUGUUACCUCGCUCUCGGUUCGGCAGGCAUUUGGUGCUACCCAGCUCUGCGGUACGAAGGACAAAAUGUACAUGUUCCUGAAGGAAAUCUCUUCGGACGGCAACAUGAAUACCGUGGAUGUUAUCUUCCCAGCCUACCCGAUUUUCUUGUAUACCAACCCCGAACUCCUGAAGCUCGUUCUCACUCCCCUGUUUGAGAACCAGGAGGCUGGAAAGUAUCCCAACACAUAUUCCCUGCACGAUCUAGGCUCGGCUUACCCGAACGCCACGGGUCACUCCGAUGGCAGCGACGAGAGAAUGCCAUUGGAAGAGUGCGGAAAUAUGCUUAUCAUGUCUUUGGCUUACGCACAGAAGUCGGGUGACACUGACUUUUUGAAUGCACACUACACUCUGCUCAAGCAAUGGACCAGUUAUUUGGUUGAGGACUCGCUUUACCCUGCAAACCAGAUCUCAACAGACGACUUCGCUGGCUCCCUAGCCAACCAAACCAACCUCGCACUCAAGGGCAUGAUCGGGAUUCAGUCCAUGGCGGUCAUUGCCAAUCAGACUGGUCACACCGCUGACGCUGCUAAUUACUCGAGCAUCGCCAAAGACUACAUCACUCAGUGGCAGGACCUGGCUAUUUCCAAGAAUGCAAACCCGCCCCGAACGACCUUGUCGUACGGCGACACCGCUAGCCAUGGUCUUCUCUACAACCUCUUUGCCGAUGCCCAGCUCGACCUGAAUCUUGUUCCCCAGUCUGUCUAUCAGAUGCAGAGCGACUUCUACCCGACUGUUGAAAACAAGUACGGUGUGCCUCUAGACACCCGCCACACAUACACUAAAGGUGACUGGGAGUGCUUUGCAGCAGCUGUCAGUUCAAUCGAUACUCGGGCUAUGUUUAUCAAGGAUCUCGCGACCUGGAUCAACGAGACACCGACAAACCGAGCCCUGACUGAUCUGUACGACACUCUUUCAGGAAAUUACCCUCAAAAUACUUUCGUCGCUCGCCCCGUCAUUGGUGGUUGCUUCGCUCCUAUCCUUGUCCGCUAG